CGACGCGUCUCCAUGGCGGCGGCGAGCACCGAGCUGGGGCGGUACCGGCGGGCACGCAGCCUGGCACUGCGCAGCAGCAGCUCUGCCCUGUACAACAACCUGGCCGUGCUGUGCCCCCCCGGGCGGGCCCCGGCCUUCGGAGCCGUGCACGGCACCACCCUCAGCCUGCUGGGCACCGAGGGGCACCCCCGGCAGCUGCAGGCCCGCGGAGGGGGCUCUGCCCUCAGCACCCCCCUGCUGACACAGGCCGCGUGGUGCGAGCUCCCGUGGCGGGUGCUGCUGGUGCUCACAUCCCAGCGCGGGGUCCAGAUGUACGAGGCUGAUGGCUCCACCAUGGUGUUCUGGCACGCGCUCGACGUCCCGGAGCUGCCAGCAGCACAUUCCGUCUUCGCCCGGGGCAUCGCCGCGGCCGGCGGCCGCUUCGUCUGCGUGGGGACGUCCUUCGGGGCCGUGCUGGUGUUUGACAUCCCCCCAAAAGGGACCAACGUGACGCUGAGCGAGGUCCUGGAGCAGCACCGGGAUCCCGUCACCGACAUCGCGGCCGAGCAGGGCCGGGCCCCGGACGGGGCUGGGGACCUGGUGACGGCCGAUGACUCCGGGACCCUCUGCCUGUGGAGCAGCGGGGAGGAGUUCACCCUGCUGGGGAAGAUCCCGGGAUCUGGCUGCUCCUGCUCCUCGGUGGCGCUGUGGAACGGGGUCGUGGCUGCGGGCUAUGGGGACGGGCAGAUCCGGCUGUGGGAUGCGGGCUCGGGGCGGAUCCGUGCCCAGGUGAGCGCCCACGCCCGCUGGAUCUACGCGCUCGACCUGGCGCCGCUCACCGGCAAGCUGCUGUCGGGUGCAGAGGAUUCCUUUGUCCACGUCUGGAAGCUCAGCCGGGACCCGGACACCGAUGACAUCGAGGUGCGGCACUGCCACGCCGAGUGCGUGACGGACACGCAGGUUUGCGGCGCCCGCUUCUGCGACCCCGCCGGCGACACCUUCGCCGUCACCGGCUACGACCUGAGCGAGAUCCUCUGCUACGGCCCCGCCUGA